AUGGCGCGAUCGGCCCGCCAAAGAUAUGCCGAGAUCUUUCGAGACAUCGAGGAUCUGAUCCUGGACCACAUCAAUCGCCAGUACACGUCCCAUCCCAGGUCGAAGCUCAACAUGUUGGUUCCCACCAUCUCAUCUUUCUUUACGCCACUUGCUCUGGAAGAUGCCUUCUACCACCAAGACUCCAUCAGGGCGAUUGCUUCUCGCCGCUUUGUCGCCCCGUCGUUCAACGACAUCCGGCUCAUUCUCAACACCGCCCAAAUCAUGGCGAUGAUCCAGCCCAAACCAUACCGCGCCCUGAAACCCAAAAUAAAGCCGGGCCUGGAGUUGCUCACCUUUGAUGGUGAUGUGACCUUGUAUGAAGACGGGGCGUCCCUCCAAUCACCAGAAUCAGAUCCGGUAAUCUUGCGCCUGCUGCACUUCUUAUCUCAAGGCGUGCGCAUCGGCAUAGUCACGGCUGCAGGCUAUACGCAGCCGAGGAACUACUUUGAUCGAUUGUCCGGACUGCUCCUGGCCGUUCGAUCAUCGACUCAGCUGACCUCGGCCCAAAAGUCCAACCUCAUCAUCAUGGGUGGCGAAUCCAACUUUCUCUUCGUAUUUGACGAGAAUGCCGAGUACUGUCUACGAUACAUCCAUCGACGAGAGUGGGUGCUGGAUGCCAUGAAGACCUGGUCUGAGCCAGCGAUCCAGUCACUGCUCGACGUGGGAGAAGCAGCUUUCCACUCAUGCAUACGGACCCUGCAUCUACAGGCCAAGGUCCUCCGCAAAGAGCGGGCGGUGGGAAUCUACGCCUCAGAUCAGUCCAAGAAGCUUAAUCGCGAGCAGCUUGAAGAGACGGUCUUGGUGGUGCAGCAAGUGGUGGAGAGUUCGCUGGUCACGCUAGGCUCGGAACAGGCGCCUCUCCAUGCUCACAUCCCCUUUACGGUGUUCAACGGGGGGGCGGACGUCUUCCUCGACAUUGGCGAUAAAUCAAUGGGAGUGCAGGCGUGUCAGAAGUGGUUUGGCGGGAUCCCGCCGUCUAGCACUCUCCAUGUCGGCGACCAGUUCCUGAGCGGAGGGGGCAAUGAUUUCAAGGCGCGAAGUGCGUGCUGUUGCGCAUGGAUUGCCAGUCCGGGGGAGACGGUGGGCUUGUUGGACGAGAUGAUAGCUCUGGGACAGAGACAUUAA